UUGACACACUCUCACAUCAGGAAGUGGACGAGUUGUGACUCAACACCUACGAGCUGAGCUUCACGUAGCAGGGGAGAAAAAUGUGGCGCACAGGGAUCCCAGCUCCGGAGACGGAAGACGCGCAGUGCUUGCUCUGAUUCGUCCCAGGAUUGAAGUUUGUGUCCUACAAUAUAAGACAGCAUGUCCUCCCCGGCAGGUAGAAUCUCCCUACAGGGUUUUCUUCUUGUACUCAUCGUAUCCACUGUUUCAGGAGGACCCAAGUUCACCGUUUCUCCGGGCCAUGGCACCGUCCUCACCUUCAGCAACAGUCAGGGCAAAGGAUGCCAGGUGUGCACUGGAUCGGGACGCUCACGGAGAUGCAGCGUGUCUCUGUCAUUAAAGGACAACACUCUGGUGGAGUUCGACUGCACAAGGCCUCAAGAUGUUUUUACCGUGGAAGUUGUGCAAAAUAUUGAAUGCACUGCGAAGACGUGCAGUGGCCACAUCGUCCCGACAGACUCCGGCUCCCUGCCCUUCUUGGACUUUACCCGCAGGUUUAUCUGGAAUCUGAAGGCUUCAGCACCAAAAGCUCUGAGAAUGGACUUUACCGACGGAGGGCUGAGACAGAUUGCUCCGUCUGAGAGAUGUCCAGACGGCCACAUGUACACCCUGCAGGUUAUUCAGACCACAGGGACCGUGGCCGUGGGGAAAUACUGCAGACUGGGCUCCAUCACCAGCGCUCAGAUACUGAAUCAGGGGAGACUUACUCUGGAAAUCCCAGCAAGACAAAUGCUGCAAAGUAGCCAGUUCGACGUGUCUGUAGGAGAAGAAAUCAAAUCUCUGGCCAGAGUUUCUCUCAUGUUACCGAAAGGAACCUCGUCGUCGGAGCUGCUCUCGCCAAACUAUCCGGACACUUUUCCCGACGACGACGUGAUGGAGUGGUACUUUCAGGUGCCGCCGAAGCACAAGACGGCCGUUCAGUUCCUCAAUCUGACACAGCCUCAGUGUCUGAAGAAGGAAGCGGCCGUGGAGUACCACAGCAAAGGAAGGGGGGCGCUGGUCCUGGGCCUGACGGACGCCCAGCCGGCCCAGACUGAGGGGGACUUCUCUCUGACGCUGAGGAACUGCGAGAUGGACCGAACACGCUCCGGUUCUCCUGGACUGUCUCUAAACAUCAGGGUGUCUGCCAAAAGUACAAGUUCAACAGUGAUGUGCAAAGUGGACGCCGGCAGGCUGGGAGACCUUUCCCUCCACAUCCACAGAGUGAGGCCGGCCUCCGACUGCGUGAUGAAGAUAAACUCUGCGGCGAAGGACAAGAUCACCGUCACCUCAAACAGCGCGCUGACUUUCCAAGACUGCCUUCCAGACGAUGUGAACGUCACGGCCACAAGAGUCAUAGGGUGCAGUGACCUAAAAGACUGCCCCAAGGCUCCAGUCGCUCUGCUGGUGCCCCUGCUGCCCUCCUGCCUCCCCGCCCCCCUCAGCAGCGUCACCUGGACCCUCCGUCCGCCGCAGCAGGGCACCGUUCAGCUCUCCUCCCCCGCCGGACCCCUCAAGCAGUCCCUCCCCGGUCAGGUAUGCAACGACAGCAUCCUCUUCAAAGUGGACGAGGAAGGCGGAGGCACCGUCGGGCAUUUCUGCCCUCGGGGAGCCAUCCAGAAAAUCCAGGUCCACACCAACGUGUCCGUGACGUGGUUGUCCAACAUGGGGGCCCGGAUACAGAGAAGCUACUUCAAAUAUGUGCUGAACGCCAGUUUUGAAAAGGAAAUAACAGAAAGGUACAUCUUCACCGUCUCUCCGAUGAAGGACAGCCCGGUGCUGCUCGCCUCUCCCGGCUGGCCGGUGGGAAUGGAGCCUUACUCCACCGUCUCCUGGAUCGUCUCCGUUCCACCGAAGAUGGAGGCCAUCCUCAUGUUUGCCAACCUCAGCCAGCCCAAGUGCAGCAACCGCCACACCAACAUCAGGGUGCAGAGGUUCGGCAGUCCCGAGGAGGACUACAGCCGCCGGGAGGACGAGGAGGCCGAGAUGGAGAUCAGCGUCCCCGAGAGCUUCUACCUCAACAUGUCCAACUGCAAGCCCGAAAGAGGAGACUUCAGCGUGAUCACCAAGAUCACCCUGCAGAAGGCCCGGAACCGUCUCCUCACCAUCAUCCUGAGUGUUGUGGCUGCUCUGCUCGUCAUAUUUGCCGUGGUGCUGGCGGUGGUCUGUGUGGUGGUGAGGAAGAAGAAGAAAAAGCUUGAUCAUCAAGUGUCGGUCUACAACCCAAACGGCACCAGCUUCCUGCCGGGGCCGAACGGACGCCCCAAGUCGGACGACGAGAGCGAGUACCACGUGUACGCCUCCAUCGAGGACACCCUGGUUUACACACACCUGCUGAAGAAAGGCGCGGAGAUCGGCGUCUACGGGGACUUCGACACGUACCGGCCCUUCCCGGGACACUCGGACUCUCAGAAGCCGCCGGUGUCUACAAACGCCGACGGCGUGGAGGUGGACACCUACCGGCCGUUCAGACCCCCGUCUCAGCAGGGGCCCCCUCUUCCCAACAGGCCCCCCAGCCACGUUCAGUCCCUGGUCGACAAUGAGCUCUACCACGAACGGAAUCGGACCGAGGAGGGGAACUCUCCACACCUGGGGCGGCGGAUGGAGCCAGAGGGAGGAAACUGAGCAGGAGAUUGGAUUCGGCUUUCUCAUAUUCAUGUGACCCUCGUGAACUUCGGGAUAUUCAUUCCCAGGCCCAGUGAUUGCCUGCAGUUCAGCAUCGUCAGAGCAAUUUUUUUUUCUCUCGAGUGGAGCUUUUUCAGCAAAAGUGAGACAAAAAAAAAGCCCUCAGACCGUUUUCAGCCCUGCCUGUAGCUGUUACCACGUCUUCUCUGGAGAGAUCGUUUGAAGCAAUGACCGCUUUAAUUUGAAAAGUCUUUAUUUGUACUAUAUCCGUGUUGAUGAGAGUGGACGGGAACGCCUGUGUGCUGCUUCCAGGCUGAGUUUCUCGUUCCUGAUGUUUCAUUGGUCAUAAAGGGGAAACAUGCUGCAUUUUGCAUCUUUAAACCGGCGUGUGUUUCAGUAGACUGGAGUGGAGGACACAGUCACUGCUAUUUUUUGAUCCAUACACCACAGAGAUGCCUUACAGAGAUUAAUACACUCCUGAUAAUGUCGCUCAAGGUGUUGGUUGUCUUAAAUAGAUUUUUAUUAAGGAGAAAAAUAUUUCACUUUGGAGUUUAUGCUUUUAUGUCUCUGAGAAUCACUGCUGAAAGACUUUAUUUUACUGUUUUAUAUGCACAGACAGACUAAACUGCGUUCUGUGAAGAGACAGUGAUCACAGUGUGAAUGACUGAAUGAGAGUUAGAUUGUAAUAUGAUGUAUAUUUGCAUGUUCAGGCGUCUCUGGUCCAGCGCGCCUGCUGUCUGGCACAUCCUUGCAGUUCAGACAAGGAGCAGCAGAGGGAAACAAACUUAAGUCUUCCAACCAACUCAACCAUUCCCAUGAAGAAUCAGCUGGUCUUUCGACUUCUUGCAUCUCUCUAAGUAGCAGAAAUUUAUUUUUUUAAGUGAGUGAAGUGUGUCCCCGUGUGCUUUAGAGUCACAGCAAGCGCUUGAAGGACGGAGAAGAGGCUCGACUCUCCGAGACGUCCAAACUUUUUGCUCUGACGUUCGGGUGACUAACAUGAACGGGAUUUUUUUCUGAUGAAGAAACUCUGUGGGCGGAGACACAAUAAGUGACUGUACUCAGCAAGAGGGGGAGUUCACUAGAGAUGCUUUGAGUGGGGGACUUACUGAAAAUGUUUAUUUUUUUAAUGAAAGAAACUUGUUUUUGGAGUUUCAUGAAAGGACGUUCAUCUUUUCUGCGCUGCUGCUGGUUUUAUCUCGACAUCCUCUUCAACUGUUCAAAUAUCUUGGAUCCCUCGAUAAGAGGUCAUGUCUGUUGCUGUUUUGAUGCUUUACAGCCGUGGUUUGUCCCAUGCUAGAAAAUAUUUUUGGGUGAAUGUUUUCACCUUAUAAGAUCUUGUUAGUUUUUUUUUUUUUUCCAAUUGAAAUUUAAAGAACAACUUUUGUCCUGCUGCUUAGAUUCUUUGGAAAUUAAAUCUCAGUUGUUGUCAUUGUUGCGGCACAAAAGCUCAUCUUUACUUUUCUUUACACGUACAGUGAAUUUAGUUUUAAAAACGUGUGUUAAUGAAACAAAUAGUUGAUUUUCUCAUGUCAUCGUGAUUAAAAUCUCUCUGAAAACGGGCA